AUGUUGAAAGAUUCUGCCAAAGCCUAUGAUGCUUAUGAGAGGUCAAGUUUGUCUGGUAAGAUAAAUCCCUCUCUACUUAAUUUGAAGCAUUUGGUUUACUUGGACUUGAGCAAUAAUUAUUUUGAUGAAGAAAUUCAGGUUCCUAGAUUACUUGGUUCAAUGGGGAAUCUAAGAUACCUUGACCUUUCUGGAGCUGGAUUUAGGGGAGGUGUUCCUCACGACCUUGGAAAUCUCUCUAAUCUGCAAUAUCUUUACCUUGGUAAUAAUUAUAACAUGCAUGCUGAGAAUUUGGGGUGGUUAUCUGGUCUUUCUUUUCUGAAGCACCUUGAUUUGAGCUUUAUGUAUCUCCAAAGAGUCUUUGAUUGGUUAUCAGUGAUAAACGCACUCCCUUCUUUGAUGGAGUUGAAAUUAUCUUCUUGUCAACUAUAUCAAUUUACCCCAGUGCCCAUUGCAAAUUUGUCAUCUCUUACCACAUUUGAUCUUUCAUUUAACAAUAAUCCUAACAAUUUGAUAUUUGGUUGGGCUUCUGGUCUUCGUAAUUUAGUCUUUCUCGAUUUAAGUGGAAAUCAAUUCAAAGGAUCACUUCCUCAUGAACUUCAAAAUUUGACAUCCCUUAAACACCUUGAUUUUUCUCUCAACCACCAACUCAAUUCUUCAAUACCGGACUGGUUGUAUAGAAAAAGUCAUCUCGAGUUCCUUUCUCUUAAGGAAAACAACUUGGAAGGUACAAUUUCAGGUGCUUUAGGAAACUUGACUGCUCUCUCAAGCCUUGAUCUUUCCUCCAAUAAACUUGAAGGAAACAUAAGCAGGUCAUGGGGGAGACUUUGCAAUUUGAAUUCAAUUUUCUUGUCUGAUGUCAAAUUGAGUCAAGAGAUACAUGAAGUCUUAGACAUUUUCUCAGGAUGCGUUUCAGGGGUUUUGGAAUAUUUGGAUUUGGAGAAUACAAAUCUUUUUGGUCGUUUGACUGAACAACUUGGGCAAUUUAAAAAUCUAAAAUAUCUUGAUCUCAAUUACAACUCCCUUUCUGGAUCUGUUCCCAUGAGUAUUGGAGAACUUUCGUUUCUGAGAUUUUUAGAUCUUUCAAAUAACAAGUUGGAAGGAGUAGUCUCUGAAAUUCAUUUCGCCAAUUUGACAAGACUAUUAUCUUUAGGCAUCUUUGGUAACUCAUUAAUUUUGAAAGAAUUGUGGAUACACUUCCGAUUUGGCUUUGGAGAGAUUCCAAAUUUAACUGAGGCUGAUCGAUCCACUUCUGUUGACUUGAGUUCAAAUAAUUUCUCAGGUUCAUUACCUCUUGUAUACCCUAACAUAUCUCUGCUAUACCUUUCCAAAAAUGCUUUGUCAGGUUCCAUUUUUCAAUUUUUGUAUCACGAAAGAAACGAGUCAAAGACAAUGAUGUUUCUCAAACUUGAAGAUAAUCUUUUAUCUGGGGAAUUACCAGAUUGUUGGAUGAAUUGGCAAGGAUUGUAUAUGUUGAAUUUAGAUAACAAUAAAUUUACUGGUAACCUUCCAUCUUCUAUUGGAUCAUUAAGUUUGCUUCUGUCAUUGCACCUUCGGAAAAACAACCUCUUUGGGAUACUUCCAACGUCACUUAAAAAUUGUACCAGUUUAAUGGCAUUUGAUGUUGCUGAAAAUUGGUUUGUUGGAAAUAUACCGACAUGGAUAGGACAAGAACUUUCAUAUAUGGAAAUUCUUACCCUUCGUUCAAAUAAGUUUGAUGGUGAUUUACCAACAGAACUUUGCCAUCUGACUUCUCUACAUGUCUUGGAUCUUGCUUACAACAGUCUCUCUGGAACCAUUCCAAGUUGUAUUAAGAACCUCAGUGCCAUGGUGUCAAUUGACUAUGAUGAAGGGAACUCUAUUUUCUACCGGUCUACCUCGUACUUCUCCACAACAUUGUACCUUGAGGGCGCAGUUCUUGUGACAAAAGGAAGAGCUAGUGAAUAUAAUAAUACUCUUAAUUUGGUGAGAAGUAUAGACCUUUCUGGUAACAACUUCUCAGGAGUGAUUCCGAAUGAAGUAACAAAUCUUAAAGCAUUACAAUCAUUGAAUUUGUCUUACAAUUCAUUCAGUGGAAGAAUUCCUGAAACCAUCGGUGCUAUGACCUCAUUAGAAACUCUUGAUUUCUCUGCAAACCAACUCACAGGUGAAAUUCCACAAGUCAUUUCAGGUUUGACAUUUUUGAGUAACUUGAACUUGUCUAACAACAACUUGAUCGGAAAAAUUCCUCUGGGCACUCAAUUGCAAAGCUUUGAUGCUUCUAGUUUUGUUGGCAAUGACCUUUGUGGAUCUCCACUUCAUAAGAAUUGCACUGGUACUGUUUUAACUCCAGCCUAUGAUCAUAGCGGAGGGAAAAACGAUAAUGAACAUGAAGUGGAUUGGUUCUAUGUAAGCAUGGCACUUGGGUUUGUGGUUGGCUUUUGGAGCAUAAUAGGUCCAUUACUUGUGAACAGAAGAUGGAGGAGUGUUCAAACUAGUUUGCGCAUACCUCAACUAAUUUCUCAGGAUCUUAGGAUUGUCGGCCGAGUAAGAGCUCCAGUGGCCACCUCUAUUAGCAGUCGUGGGGACUUGAACUCGGGAGACCAUGUUAGAUCUUCCUUUUGCUCUUUUACCAUCAAGGGGACUUGA